CAACAAUGCCUUAUCAUGCAAGUAUUGGAACCUGCAACACUCCGCUCCACCGCGAGAGGACGCUGUGGUUUCCCGUCGACAGAAGUUACCGUAAUUAUCCAAGUACAACGGCUCUAAACGAAAACUGAAACUAAGAUAGAUAGAUUUUGUUCAGAUGGUUGGUGGUCAUUUAAUUUAAUCUAGCAGUUCACCUAUUAAGUAUAAACGGCAAAGAUUGAAUCCGAAUAUAUAUGAGAUUUGUUGGUAAUGGAGAUUCAUGUAAUGACAAAAGUUAUUCGGUGUCCGUAUUUGCUAGUUUACGGUAACGAGCGGAGCUCCUCGCGUUCGGCCUUCCCUCAUCACUGCAGCCCCUUACGAUUCAUUCAGCCAAAUACAGACAGCAGCAGACAGGCUAGUAAACGGACACUCUUCCGAGCCGGGUAAUCAAGAGGCUGGGUGUGCACACUCAAAGAAGCAAGUGUCCCACUUAGAGACUGAACCAGUGAGCUCAUCAUGGCGGAUGUUGGAGAUGUUUUGAUGUCGGUUUUGUCAACAAUUCGCGUUCCAAAGCCCGGGGACCGUGUCCACAAAGACGAAUGCGCCCUGUCAUUUUCCUCGCCGGAGAGUGAAGGAGGCCUGUAUGUGUGCAUGAACAGUUUCCUGGGGUUUGGUGGUCAGUAUGUGGAUAGGCACCAUGCUCGGUCUGGUCAGAGAGCUUACUUGCAGAUCACCCGGAUUCGUAAGGCAAAGAAGGAAGAUGAUAACAACUCAGGCUCUGGACACCCACCUAAGAAAAAGCCCACCAGACUGGCCAUAGGGAUUGAAGGGGGUUUUGAUGUGGAGCAGGAGCAAUAUGAGGAGGAUGUGAAGGUGGUCAUUUUGCCUGACAGACAGGAGGUGACUUCAGAGGACCUUGCCACAAUGCCUGAUGUUGUGAGAGAGCGGGUGUCUCUGUCGAUGGCGGGUAUCAUGGCAGCCGACUCAGUGUCUCACACUUUACAAGUUCAGCAAUGGGACGGAGAGGUGAGACAGGAGUCGAGGCAUGCUGCUGACCUCAAACAGCUCGACAAUGGAGUCAAGAUCCCUCCCAGCGGCUGGCGGUGUGAGGUGUGCGAUCUUCAGGAAAACAUCUGGAUGAACCUGACUGAUGGCAAAGUGCUGUGUGGUCGUCGGUAUUUUGAUGGCUCAGGGGGCAACAACCACGCCCUGCUCCACUUCCAGGAGACAGGAUACCCACUCGCUGUCAAACUCGGCACCAUCACUCCUGAUGGCGCCGAUGUGUACUCCUAUGAUGAGGAUGACAUGGUGCUGGAUUCCAAGUUACCAGAGCACCUGUCUCAUUUUGGCAUUGACAUGAUGACCAUGGAGAAAACCGAGCGGACAAUGACGGAGCUGGAAAUUGCUGUCAACCAGCGUGUAGGGGAGUGGGAGGUGAUUCAGGAGUCAGGCACCACCCUGCGGCCCUUAUUUGGCCCUGGCCUGACUGGUAUGAAGAACCUGGGAAACAGCUGCUACCUCAAUUCUGUCAUGCAAGUGCUCUUCACCGUUCCAGACUUCCAGAGCAAAUAUGUGUCUAACAUCGACAAGAUCAUUGAUGAAGCACCAAGUGACCCAACCCAGGAUUUCAAAACUCAAGUAGCCAAGCUGGGUUAUGGUUUGCUGUCGGGAGAGUAUUCUAAACCAGCCCCAGACCCUGGAGAUGAAAAUGGUGCAUCCGAACCCAGGGGAGACCAAAUCGGAAUAGCACCACAAAUGUUCAAAGCACUUGUGGGGCGGGGCCACCCAGAGUUCUCCACCAAUCGACAACAGGAUGCUCAGGAGUUUUUAUUGCACUUCAUAAACAUGGUGGAGAGGAACUGUCGCUCUGGACCAAACCCGUCUGAAGCCUUCAGAUUCCUUGUGGAGGACAGGAUUGUGUGUCAGCAAUCACAAAAGGCCAAGUACACACAGCGGGUGGAUUACAUAGUGCAGCUGCCCGUGCCCAUGGACCAGGCCACCAACACGGAGGAGCUUCAUGAGGCCGAACGCCGUCGCGACGAGGGGGACUCAUCAGCACCUACAGUGCGUGCACAGAUCCCCUUCACGGCCUGCAUGGCAGCCCUCAGUGAACCCGAGGUCCUGACAGACUUCUGGAGCUCGGCCGUUCAAGCCAAGACUACUGCUACCAAAACAACCCGCUUUGCCUCUUUCCCCGACCACCUGGUGAUCCAAAUUAAGAAGUUCACCUUUGGCCUUGACUGGGUGCCCAAGAAACUGGAUGUGAGCAUCGAUGUUCCCGACACUCUGGAUCUGAGUGCGCUGCGUGCCAGCGGACAGCAGCCGGGGGAGGAGCUCCUGCCCGAGGUGGCCCCGCCCCCACUCAUGACCCCAGAUGUGGAGGUUAAAGCUCCAGUCCUGGAUGACUCCACUGUGUCCCAGUUGUGUGAAAUGGGCUUUCCACUGGAGGCUUGCAGGAAAGCGGUGUACUACACAGGGAACACUGGGAUCGAUGCUGCCAUGAACUGGAUCAUGAGCCACAUGGAUGACCCAGACUUUUCGGCCCCCCUGGUGUUGCCAGGCUGCAGCUCCGGACCCGGAACCACACCCACCGAGAGCCUGUCUGAGGAGCACCUGGCAACAAUCGUCUCCAUGGGCUUCAGUCGAGACCAAGCAACCAAAGCACUGCGAGCAACGAGUAACGUCCUUGACCGUGCGGUGGACUGGAUCUUCUCUCACCUGGACGACCUGGAGUCCAUGGAUGUUUCUGAAGGCGGUCGCUCGGCUGCAGAGAGCGAGGGCGGCAGGGAUCCACCACCUGGGCCUCGUGUCAGAGAUGGACCAGGCAAGUACGAGCUGUUUGCAUUCAUCAGUCACAUGGGGACGAGCACCAUGUGUGGCCACUACGUCUGCCACAUCAAGAAGGACCAGCAGUGGGUCAUCUUCAACGAUCAGAAGGUGUGUGCUUCGGAGAAGCCUCCCAAAGACCUGGGCUACCUUUACUUCUAUCGCAGAGUUGCAGAAUGAGACAAAGGAACGUUUCACAUGAAGAGAAGACGAAGACGAGUGGAUGCUAACAAUUACACAUCAGCAAGCUCUUACAAAUGUCCCGGCACGCUUCACAACUGACAAACGUGUAAAUACAUCUCUCAGACUGCAUAUAAACACAGUUAGAUAGCAGAUGUACAGAUAUGGUGUUCUAGGGGUACAGUUUCUUUUCAUCCACUGUCGGGCCUGUUCAAAGAGCGGGUUCAGGUUGUUACCACGGCAACUUCGCUGAGUGAAACUGAGAACCACCUGAGACCUCUUUGAGCACGUGGGCCAGGGUUUACUCCGAGGAUGUUUUCAGAUAACUCAUCAAAACUGCUUUAGGGAACCCCCCCCCCCCAAAAAAAAGUAAGGACUUUGACUGCUGAGUCCACUCAACCGUCACCAUUAAUCCCGACUAUUGA